GGCGCGCGACGCGUUGGCCACGUGCGCGCUUUAGACACCGCCCUAAUGCAAGCUGUUAGACUCAUGCCUCGUCUUCACAUCGCCGUAAUACAGUUUGCACCAAAGAUCGGCCAAGUCGCAGCCAACAUCGCGACGGUUAAUAAGCUAUGUCGCGAUAUCAAACCCUUCUCUAUCGACCUGCUGUGUCUCCCAGAGAUGAGCUUCACUGGAUACGUAUUUCCGAGCGCACUUGCUAUCUCUCCUUUUCUGGAACAUCCCAUGACUGGGCCCACGUCGAUGUGGCUGGGAUGCUAUGUUGUCACUGGGUAUCCUGAGCUGCUUGCGGAAGACGAAUCUCGUCCGCUAGUAGACGACGAAGGUACUGAAAGUGUUGGUGCGAACAGUGCGACGGUUUAUGGGCCCAAUGGGGUGCAUGUCGUGGGGUAUCGUAAGACCAACCUCUUUACGACGGACCAAACAUGGGCGAAACCUGGUACAGGGUUCACAACAUUCCCGCUUACGUUUCCCUAUACUCCUCCUGUAUCCAAAACACCUCCUGUACCGUCUACCACUCUCACGGUGUCUUUGGGAAUAUGUAUGGACUUGAAUCCUCAUCCUCCAAAUUUAUGGGACGAAUAUGAGAUUGCGUCGCAUUGCCAAUCCACCCAGUCGAAUGUUCUUAUACUCCUGAACGCCUGGCUCGAUACUACCAUGGAUAUUGAAGUCGACGAAGAGGAGGAGCGUGAUGCUAUGGAGCCGGACUGGCAAACGACGACGUGUGUAGUAGUGUGCAACCGAACAUGGGUUAGAAAAUGGUAUAGCCAUCCGCUUAUAUCGAGACCCAGCCAGCUUUUUGCAGGUUCAUCUGCCAUCUUUCGGAUGAAACCAUCUCAUCCUGCGAAGCCGCAUCUACUUGAUAUCAUGGGAUGCAGGGAAGAAGGUGUGAGAUUUUGGGACAUAGAUGUGGGAUCACCAUGAUAGAAGCGUAUCUAUGCCUUAUUAUUUAGGGAUGGUAAAGGGAGAAUAUUCACGGAAACUGGAUAUACAACUUAGGUGGCCUGACGAGGCGUCUUGAAUACAAGGAAAGAGAACAUGACAGGCAUGAGUGCAUGUUAGAAGCAUUUUGACAUGAUAUUCCGGGGCCGUACGUUCGUUUUUCCUGAAAACACAAAAUGAAGAUAUUGUUGAGGAUCAUUAAUAGGAUAUUCACCUACCAGAGACACUACGGGUUUCACAUGUAAGGAAAUUCAGGGAUUGAAUAAUUUAUUUCGGCGCCGUGCCAGGGAGUCAGAGGCCAG